AAUACUAAUCAAUGUCAAUGUCAUGUUGUUUGUCACUUGUCAAGUUGUCAAAAAAAAUAGUUGGAUUUGUUGUUUUGAAAAUUUUUAUCAGAAUAUGUGAAACAAGAGCAACUACAUAACCACAAGGGUCGAGUUUAUAUGUUUGACCUUCUCAAGGUGACCGAUAUCGCGGCAAAACUGUUCAGUCAGGGUUCGGUUGCUACUCGAGAUCGUAGUUUGCGCUGAGAGGAAUAAACGACAAUGAGCGUCCAAACAGAUUCAGAUAAGCGCAAGCAAAUUUCGGUCAGGGGGAUCGUGGCUGUAGAGAAUGUAGCGGAGGUGAAGAAGACAUUCAACCGGCACCUACAUUACACGUUGGUGAAGGACCGAAAUGUCGCGACUCCGAGGGACUACUACUUCGCCCUGGCCCACACUGUCAGGGACCAUCUCGUCUCCCGCUGGAUACGCACUCAACAGUAUUACUAUGAGAAAGACCCCAAGCGUGUUUACUAUCUGUCACUGGAGUACUACAUGGGAAGAUCCCUGCAGAAUACCAUGGUCAACUUGGGCAUCCAAGGGAAUGUAGAUGAGGCCCUUUAUCAAUUGGGACUUGAUAUUGAGGAACUAGAAGAGUUGGAGGAGGAUGCAGGUCUUGGUAAUGGUGGUCUGGGAAGACUAGCAGCUUGUUUCUUGGACUCCAUGGCCACACUUGGUCUUGCAGCUUAUGGAUAUGGUAUCAGGUAUGAGUAUGGUAUUUUCUCCCAGAAAAUCGAAAAUGGGGAACAGCAAGAAGAGCCUGAUGACUGGUUGAGAUAUGGCAACCCUUGGGAGAAGGCGCGGCCUGAGUUCAUGUUGCCUGUGAACUUUUAUGGACGUGUUGUAGACACGCCCCAGGGCAAGAAAUGGAUUGAUACACAGGUGGUAUUUGCUAUGCCUUACGACAACCCAAUUCCUGGCUACAACAACAAUGUGGUAAACACGUUAAGACUUUGGUCUGCAAAGAGUCCUAUUGAUUUCAACCUGCGUUUCUUCAACUCUGGUGAUUACAUCCAAGCUGUUCUUGAUCGCAAUGUAGCUGAAAAUAUUUCUAGAGUCCUCUAUCCCAACGACAACUUCUUUGAAGGGAAAGAACUGAGACUCAGGCAGGAGUAUUUUAUGUGCGCGGCCACUCUUCAGGACAUUAUUCGAAGAUACAAAGCGUCCAGAUUUGGAAGUCGGGAGGCCGUGAGAACCACAUUCGACAGUCUUCCUGAAAAAGUUGCGAUUCAGUUGAACGAUACCCAUCCAGCUCUUGCGAUCCCCGAGCUUUUGCGAAUUUUGCUGGACAUUGAGAAGCUGCCGUACGAGAAAGCUUGGGACCUCGUCGUCAAGUGUUGCGCCUACACCAAUCACACCGUUCUACCUGAAGCUCUGGAAAGAUGGCCUUGCUCCAUGUUGGAGAAUUGUCUGCCUAGACACAUGCAACUGAUCUACCACAUUAACUUCCUCCAUUUGAAGGAAGUUGAGAAACGUUGGCCCGGUGAUUUCGACCGUAUGCGUCGUAUGUCCCUCAUUGAGGAAGAAGGCGAUAAGCGUGUCAAUAUGGCAAACCUUUGCGUGGUCGGCUCGCACGCUGUCAAUGGCGUAGCGGCCAUUCAUUCUGACAUUCUGAAAGCGACAGUUUUCCGUGACUUCUACGAAAUGUGGCCAGAGAAGUUCCAAAACAAAACAAACGGCAUCACACCCCGCCGUUGGUUGCUUCUGUGCAACCCUGCCUUGUCCGAUCUGAUCAGUGACAAAAUCGGUGAGGAAUGGACCGUUCAUUUGGAGCAGUUGCAGCAGCUGAAGCGAUGGGCGAAGGACCCGGCCUUCCAGCGCUCUGUUAUGAAAGUAAAGCAAGAAAAUAAGUUGCGACUCGCCGGACUUAUCGAGAGAGACACGGGAGUGAAGAUAAAUCCAGCCUCGAUGUUUGACGUGCAAGUGAAACGUAUUCACGAGUACAAACGGCAGCUGCUGAACAUUUUACACGUGAUCACGUUGUACAACCGCAUCAAGCGUGACCCGACCGCUGUGGUCACUCCGCGAACUGUAAUGAUCGGCGGGAAGGCUGCUCCGGGCUACUUCAUCGCUAAACAAAUCAUUGCAUUGGCGUGCGCCGUCGGUAACACUGUUAACAACGACCCAGACGUGGGAGACAAGCUGAAGCUCAUAUACUUGGAGAACUACAGGGUGACUCUAGCAGAAAGGAUCAUGCCGGCUGCAGACCUCAGCGAGCAGAUCUCCACCGCCGGCACCGAGGCGUCGGGCACUGGCAACAUGAAGUUCAUGCUCAACGGAGCACUUACCAUCGGCACCAUGGACGGAGCCAAUGUGGAGAUGGCGGAGGAGGCAGGUGAAGACAACCUGUUCAUCUUCGGAAUGAGGGUUGAUGAUGUUGAAGCUUUGAAGUCACGCGGGUACAACGCAUACGAGUACUACGAGCGCAACCCGGAGCUGCGCCAGUGCGUGGAGCAGAUCCGCAGCGGGUUCUUCUCGCCGGGCGAGCCGGGUCGCUUCUCGCAUGUGGCUGACGUAUUGCUGCACCACGACCGCUUUCUGCACCUCGCCGACUUCGACGCCUACAUAGAGGCGCAGGAGAGAGUCUCUCAAGUGUAUCAGGAUCAAGCCAAAUGGGCUGAGAUGGUGAUCCAGAACAUCGCGUCGUCCGGCAAGUUCUCAUCGGACCGCACUAUCGCUGAAUACGCGCGCGAGAUCUGGGGCGUGGAGCCCACGUGGGAGAAACUGCCAGCGCCUCACGACACAUAAACCGCCAGUGCCCAGUGCCCAGUGCCCACAGUUUGUCACCAUUUCAUAUUUUAUUAUUCAUUAUUGUCUACACAGAUGAGGCAUUCGUAAUACUGGUGAAAUCUCAUCACCCUGGUCACAAUAGAAUACAACACAAAUGUUAAUAUUAUUUACAUUUCACUGUGGAAUUUUAGCCAUAUAGCAAAGUAAAUACCUAAACUGACGGAUUCGUAGUCCUUCCAUUUUAUAAAUUAUAGGUUAAUCCUUACCUAUCUGUGCCAGAGACAUUACUCAAUUUUGCUUCGGAUUGUUUUGGAGUGUUUUGAAUUGCGUGUUUUCGCUGGGUCGUCCUAUUUUAAAGGAGCAAGGUCACAUUUAUAUUAGAAAUGGCCAAAAAUAUUCGUCGGCUUUAAAACAAUAUAGACAUGUGCAGCAUAACUAGCUAUCGAUAAAACAUUAAGUCAUUUAUUACAGUUAGGUCACAACCAGUAUGAAAAUGGCCGACCUUGAAAAAAAAAAAGAAUGAAAAAAUUAUUUUUAAAUAUUUUUUUCUAAUUUUUAUAAUUGUAAGAUUUGGCACAUUUUUAGUAGCAUAUGCGACCGACAUUUGGUUUAGCUACCGAAUAGUAUAAGUGCAGUAUGAAAAUCAGAAAUUUACUAAACACUCCUUAAAAUCAUCGAAGAACUAUUUCUGCUUUAAUAAGUUUCAACUCGUAUCAUGAUAUUAUAUUAAAAAUGAUAUUAACCCUCUUUAAUAGGAAUUGCUUCUAAUGUUUUUGGUGCUUGAUUAUAAUAUUCUAUUGUAAUGUAGACCGCAAGGUAACCAUAAAUAUUUAUAACAGGGUGUUUAUUUUGCCAAUUUAAAUAAUUAACAGUUUUUAUUUUCGUUGAUAUAAUUUUUAUACUUUUACUUACAAUUAUAUUUAUUAAAUAAUGUAUUUAUCUAGUCUUUCUGAUUAUAUUGUUGAAUGCUUGUAGAAUUAUAUUUUGCUACUUUUGUCCUAAUAUUUCUUAAUGCUUACGAGGUAAUAUCAAAAUAGUGCAAAUAAUAUUAGCUAUAUCAUUAAAUUAUUUAUUGAUGUUGUUGAUGAAUAAGUAAAUAGUAAUAUAUUCCUUUUAAUUCCUAGGAGGCUUUAAAAAUUAUAUUAUGAAAUUGUGUGCAACAAAUUGAAAUUUAAAUUUUAUUAGAUGUUGUAAAAUUGUAUUAAAUUUAUUGGAUUUGUAGUUUGACGAUAGUUUUAGUAAGGUAAGCUGUCAAAUCGUUGAUAUAUAAAUAUACUUUGAUGAUAAAUUAAGUACUUUUUUUCUGUAGAUUAAAGUUGAUAGCAAACUAACAAACAAACCAUCUAACUGAAAAUGCAAUGAGCCUAAAUCUCCAAAGUAACUCACAAUGUAUUUGUAGAUCCUGGCAAAGAUUUCUUACUAUACUCAGAGGUACAAUUAUCCGCUCAUUUUGAUAUGACGUUAGUAUAUUAAAGUGGGCGGAUAAUUGUGCCUCUGAGUAUAUAUUUGUGAUAGUCUGCAAUCAACUUUGUUAAACACAAUAAAAUUAAGUAUUUAAUGCAUGUUGAAGUUGAGCCAUCCGACAGAUAGUCAGUAUGUUUUUUUAUAGUAUUUGUUUACUAAAUUUAUUUAUUAAAUUAAAUUUAUUUAAUACUAAGUAUAUAUCAUAUAUUAUAAAUAUGUAUAUAUCUUAUUGUAAUGUGUGUGCCAUAUAACAAUGUUCCUUGCAAGGUCGUUUACGUGAAUUAGUAUUUUUUUAUUACUGUGCAAAUUAACAUAUUAGGUAUAUGAAGGAUAUUGAUUAAAUAUUUAUUAAUCGGCCCAUAUAGGAUUAUAAUCUUGCUACCAAUCUUUACUAAUAAACCCAUUUUAAUAUAUCACUUAUUACAUAAAAAAAUGUAUAUUUUUUGUAUUACAAAUCACGUAAACGAAUAUGUUAGAAGGUUAAGAAAUUUUGAUAAUAUGGUUAAUUUUCUACGAAAACUCUACUGCCGCAAAUUUUGUAUUAUCUUUGUAUGUUAUGUAUUAUCUCAUAUAUUUUAAUAAUCAUUUUUAAUUAAUGUUAUUUAUACUACAUAUUUCUGCAAUUUUUAAAAUUUAAAUAUAUUUUAUGACUAAUAAA